AUGCAGUACACACCGUUUGCUUCCGACAUCGAGUUACCUUUCUAUACUUCACUGGCUUCCCAUAAGAUCAAUCAUGACAAACUAGAUGACUCCGCCCGGCCCGUUCGGGGAUUAUACGAGAUUCGUCCUUCUGAUCCUGAGGCUGCGUCAUGCCGAAUACAAAUUCAUGGGAACGCACUCACUGGCAGCGAGGCACCAGCUGGCUAUUACAGAGCAGAUGGAAUGAUCAAGAAUGUCAAUACCAUUGAAGAAUAUCGAAACAUGGACAGAUCCAAACUACUCCAUCAAGCUGGACAAAUGAUAUGGGACGCCAUCCACGACGGGACAAUACUUUCAUGCCCCUCGUUACUCUGCAGUUUUGUGAUUGUAUCUUUUGCCGACCUCAAAAAAUACAAGUUCCACUACUGGUUUGCUUUCCCGGCGAUUCAUUCAGACCCCCAAUGGGUCCCUGUGAAACCAACAAAUCAAGUAUCCGAGCAAUACCAGGACCAGGAUAUUGACAACUUGAAGGGAACACAUUUAUCUCCACAUGAGAGCACUGCAUUAGUGGAAGCAGUGCAAACAUGGUCGUAUAUUGUGGAUCAUCGACAACGAGGAUUCUUUUUGGCUCGAAAAACCAGACAGUGUUCCGAUGACGCAUCUCCAGGCGACUCCGAGACAAAGAGUGCACAACAAGACACAUCGAAUAGCAACUGGCAGAUAGCGUCACUUUCUGAAUACGAAAAUGGGUUUUUUAAGAACGUCGCUGCUGAAGACCGCUAUUUCUGUUUCUCAGACCCAUCAAAUUAUGAACAGGCACCAGGAUGGAUGCUAAGAAACCUGCUCGUUCUGAUCAAGCAGCGAUGGGGCCUCGAACAGGUACAAUUGAUACGCUAUCGCGACGUGCAUGCGAAGCGUGAUCAGGGGCGCAGUACAAUAAUCCAGCUGAAGUCAAGUGCAAAGCAAGAGCCCCAGAUCCCAGAAUCACUGCAGAGUCAAGUGUCGUUGCCGCUGCCAAAGGUGACCGGCUGGGAACGUAACCCGACUGGGAAAUUGGCCGGAAGAAUUGUCAAUCUCACCGAGUACAUGGAUCCCAAGAGAUUAGCAGAUCAGUCGGUCGAUCUCAACCUCAAACUCAUCAAAUGGCGGAUCAGCCCGACGCUCGACCUUGAGAAAAUCAAGCACACCAAAUGUCUCUUGCUAGGAGCCGGUACAUUAGGAAGCUACGUCUCCCGGAAUCUGCUGGGCUGGGGUGUGAAGAAGAUCACAUUCGUUGACAACGGAACCGUCUCAUUCUCUAAUCCUGUCCGGCAGCCACUAUUUAAUUUUGAAGACUGCUUGAACGGGGGCGUCCUAAAAGCACAUCGGGCUUCUAAAGCCCUUACCCAAAUUUACCCGGGAGUAGAGACCACAGGUCAUGCGCUCUCGGUGCCCAUGGCCGGCCAUCCUAUUGUGGACGAAGAUGUGACAAGGUCCGAUUUUGAUCGUCUCAAAACAUUGAUCAAUGAGCAUGAUGCUAUAUUCCUCCUUAUGGAUACCCGAGAAUCACGAUGGCUGCCUACAGUGAUGGGAAAGGCGGCAGGGAAAAUUGUGAUGAAUGCAGCCCUUGGGUUUGAUUCCUUUGUGGUGAUGCGCCAUGGUACCACGGAGGAUGAAGAUUUGCCGGCCGAGCUUGGGUGCUAUUUCUGCAAUGAUGUGGUAGCACCAGCUAAUUCUAUCAAAGAUCAAACUCUCGACCAGCAGUGUACAGUGACCCGCCCUGGAGUGGCUCCUAUAGCCUCUGCACUUUUGGUGGAGCUUUUUGUGUCACUCCUUCAGCACCCCAAAGGUGCUGCCGCGCCAGCUCCCAUGACCCGCAAUACUGAGCGCGAUGAUCACCCCUUGGGGAUUGUGCCCCAUCAAAUACGAGGAUUUCUCUCCAAUUUCGAGAACAUGUCUGUCACCGGCAAAAGUUAUCCAAGCUGCAGUGCAUGCUCGGAUAAGGUUGUCAGUGCAUACCGCGAGCAGGGUUGGGGCUUCGUGCGAAGAGCACUGAAUGAACAUGGAUAUGUCGAAGAAUUGAGUGGGCUGAAAGAGGUCCACGAGAAGGCGGAAGCAGCACUAGCCGAUAUUGAGUGGGACGAGGCGUCUGACAAUGAGGAGAUCGAGAUCCUUUAG